AUGGGGGUGAUGCUGAGCCCCACUUACACGGUGGUUCCCAGCGUGCGAAUGCAGCAGCAUUUUCCCCAGGCCAGGAACGAGCCAGAUGUUUACGAGACUAGCGAUCUCCCAGAAGACGACCAGGCGGAGUUCGAUGCGUUUGCACAAGAGCUGGAGGAGCUGACGAGCACCAGCGUGGAGCACAUCAUCGUCAACCCCAACGCUGCCUACGACAAGUUUAAGGACAAGAGAGUGGGCACCAAAGGGCUCGACUUCUCGGAUCGCAUCAGCAAAGCCAAGCGGACGGGCUACGAGUCGGGGGAGUUUGAGAUUCUAGGGGAAGGCAUUGGUGUGAAAGAGACGCCCCGGCAGAAGUACCAGCGGCUGCUCCAUGAGGUUCACGAGCUGAGCACAGAGGUGGAGAAGAUACAGAGCACCGCGAAGGAGUCGGCGGCAGAGGAGAAGCUGAGCCCCGUGGCGCUCGCCAAGCAGGUCGUGGCCCUGAAGCAGCAGCUGGUCUCCACGCACCUGGAGAAGCUCCUGGGGCCGGACGCAGCCAUCAACCUGACUGACCCCGACGGAGCCCUCGCCAAGCGCCUGCUCAUACAGCUGGAGGCGGCUAAGAGCGCCAAGGGCACCCCCGGGGCAGGGAAGAGCCCGUCGAAGGCCCCUGCGCCCGCAGGGAACAUGGUGACCUAUGAGCUGCACUCGAGACCUGAACAAGACAAAUUCUCUCAGGCUGCAAAGAUAGCGGAGCUGGAGAAGCGGCUGAGCGAGCUGGAAGCGACGGUGUGCUGCGAGCAGGACAGCCAGAAUCCCCUGGCGGUUGGGCUGCAGGGAGCCAGCCUCAUGGAAACCGUGGAGAUCCUGCAGGCCAAAGUCAGCACCUUGGACGUUGCUGUGCUGGAACAGGUGGAGGCGAGGCUGCAGAGCGUCCUGGGGAAGGUGAAUGAAAUCGCCAAGCACAAAGUGGCCGUGGAGGACGCAGACACCCAGAGCAAGGUGCAUCAGCUCUAUGAGGUCGUGCAGCGCUGGAGCCCCAUGGCCACCACCCUGCCCGCGCUGGUGCAGAGACUGGCCACUGUCAAGCAGCUGCAUGAGCAAGCCAUGCAGUUCGGGCAGCUCCUGACCCACCUGGACACCACCCAGCAGAUGAUCGCCAACUCCCUGAAGGACAACGCCACGCUGCUGACACAGGUCCAGAAGACCAUGAAGGAGAACCUGGUGGCUGUGGAGGAGAACUUCGCCAGCAUGGACGCGCGGGUGAAGCAGCUCUCCCAAUGAGCCCCGCGGCCCCAUACCCGCUGCUGGGGGGGGGCUCGCCAGUCCCUCUGCCACCCUGCUCCCCUCCCCCAGGCCCUGCCCUUCUGUGGGGGGAGGGGGCUCUGCUGCUGAUGACCCAGGGUGAGGGGCAGAGCCCAAGGGAGGAAGGGGGGUGGGGCUCAUGCUCAUCAACCUGUACAAUUAUUUACUAUUAAACUCUGUCUGCUCGCA